AUGAAGUCCGUCGUCGCUAGCAUCGGCAUGAUCGCCGCCGUGGCCAACGCCUACCAGUUCCCUCAGCACGCCCACUACCGCCGAGACUACAACGGAACCGACGCUCAGACCACUCUGACCGUCAAGACCACCGUCGUCGAGACCAUCACCAGCUGCGCUCCUACCGUCACCAACUGCCCCAGCCGUGACCAGACUGCCAUUGCUCAGCUCCCCGAGUCCGACAAGACCACCCUCACUGCCACUCAUACUGUCAUCCUCACCGAGGUUGUCUGUCCCGUCGCUGAUGCCAGCUCUAUCUACACCUCCGUCCUCCAACAUGCUGAGACUGGUGGUGUUACUGGCAAGACCAUCACUGCCGAUGUUCCCAUGAACACCGGCGGUGCCUACCCCCCUCCCCCCGAGAAGACUGUUGUCUCCGACUACACCACCGACCAGGUUGUCACCCUUACCCAGGGCGAGGAGACCAUUACCACCACUAUCCACAAGACCAUCCAGAAGACUCUGACCGUCCCUGCUGGCCCUGAGGUCACCGAUGACGGCUCCAAGGGCAACGGCACCCCCGAGGAUGACACCACCACCACCACCACCAAGACCACCACUGGCACCAUCACCAAGACCAUCCAGCGUGUUGGUGAGACUGGCCCUGCCACCGGCGGUGACAACGGCUACAGCACUGGCAAGAGUGAGGACGAUGGCUCCAAGGGUACCGGCAACGGUAACGGAAACGGCUCCAACAACGGUGGCUCUGGCAACGGUAACGGCAACGGAAACGGCGAGUGCUCCCCUGAGACCGUCACCGUUACUGCCCCUGCCUCCACUGUCUACGUUACUGUUGUCCCCGAGGCUGCCAAGACCAACGGUGCUGAUGACGCUACCGUCACUGGCAAGACCGUCAAGGGUGAUGACUCCGAGGAUGAUGAUGAGGAGGACGACUCCUCCGAGGAUGAGAUCUGCGACACCACCACCACCCUGGAGGCUACUGUCACUGUUGUCCCUUACCCUGUUAACGGCACCGCUACCGGUGGCUACGCCAAGCCCACUGGCUUCUCUCGCCGUCUCCGCUAA